UGUAAACACAGUCUGCUUCAAAGAUGAUGAAAAUAUGAAUCCUCGAGGGCCUCUGCCACUAUAAGACGAAGCUAGGAAUGUGCAGGACUGUUGAAAAUAUUGAGAAAAUCCCCCGAAUGUUGUUUGCCGACGGGGAAAAAAACAACAACUGAGCAGGAUGUCGAUGAGUGUGCCAGUCUUGAUACAUUUGGAAGUUGCUCUUUUGUUUGGCGGACACAAGCGUUGUUUUGAAGAAAAUCAAGACUUCUGACAAUCAUCAUGCAAAAUAAACUGCAACAUUUCCCACUUUAACUCAAAAUAAACAGGAUUAAUGGACAAUUAUUGCAGAAAAAAUGAAUUCAAGUUUCAAUGUUCCCUUAACUUGAUAUAAUUCUACAAUGUAAGUGUUUGGAGAAGACUCAUUGUUGUGGCCAGCAUGCACAUUUACUGAUCGUACAGCUUUUCCCUUCGACAUUGCAAACUUGAAUCCACACUCUUUAAAUUCCCCAAUGUUUUGAAAUGACUGCCCAUCAGUCUCUCACACAGUGAUAAUAAAUAGAAAUUUCAAAAGGUUUCCUUGGAAACAGUUUCAAAGGAAGGUGUCCAAUCCGUUGCGUAUCUGUGUUGGUCUGUCAUGUCAGAAAGCAAUCCAAAUAAAAAGGAGUUAUGCUCGCUUCAUGGAAAAUGAUGCUCAAAAGUUUAGCAGUUUUGUUCGAACGUGUCAAUAGUAUAUGUUUAGAGCUGCACCGCGUGGUUGCAGUGGGGAAAAGAAACAAAUGAAAACGUUAACGUUACGUGGGGACUACUUUGAAGCAUAUCUGCGCUAAAUACAUAUGUUGCAUUGAUAAAGUCGAAGAGUGACUGUGAUAUAUGCCGGUCAUGUUUGUGUGCACUCGUAAGUCGAGGCAGCAGGUUGCUGCGUAUUGUCAAUUUAGAUUUUCAUCUCGUCUGAAAUGUGGCGGUGGGAAAGUCAAGCCCUGUCCCAAGCCUGCAGUGUUGCAAAACGGCCUCUUAGGGCCGCUGUAGACCAGAAAGUUGACGAGUGGCUGCAGGAUUGGAGCUGCGCCUCCCGUGGAACGUCGACACAACACGGAGACGACGCCGCGGGAGGAGAACGCAUCGUUCGACGUGCUUGUCAAAUGAAGAAUAUAGGCCAUAUAUUUGGACCUUGAAGCUGUUUUCCUUCAAUUGAGAGUGCGUUGCAUCCGGCAUUCGACUGCGAGGAGGGUCUUUUUUUGCGUGGAAUAUCAGCAGAGUGGAGCUCCGCCGGGGAGAAUUGGACAGAACAAUGAAGGCGCAAGCGGUGAUGUUUGUGUCUCUCUUCGCCAUCGGCGCAGCGUACGGCCAGGCCAGCUAUUCUAUUCCGGAGGAAAUGAGCAGAGGGUCGGUCGUGGGCGACGUAGCGCAAGAUUUAGGUCUGGAAAGGCCACGUUUGAUUUCGGGCAAAGCCAAGAUUUAUUCCAGGAACAAUGAAGGAUACAUCGAGCUGAGCCGAGAGAAAGGACUCCUCCUCGUCAAAGAGCGGAUCGACAGAGAGGCUCUUUGCGCACACACCGCGCUUUGUGCGCUGCAUUUGGAAAUUAUUCUGGAGAGUCCUAUGGAGUUUUACAGCGUCACUGUGCAGAUUACAGACAUGAAUGACAACGCGCCGAGUUUUGAAAAAAAUGAGAUGAAAUUUAAAAUCAGCGAGUCUGCGACCAUCGGAGCCAAAUUUGUUUUAGAAAGGGCAGUAGAUCCGGAUGUUGGAAUGAACGACCUUCAAAAUUAUGAAUUAAAUCCAUCGGAUCAUUUUGCUCUUAAAUUGCAAAAUAACGCGGAUGGAAAUCAAAACGUGGAGAUGGUUUUACAGAAGCCUUUGGACAGAGAGAAGGAGGAGCAGAUGUCGCUCGUGUUGACGGCGGAAGACGGAGGAGAGCCGCGGAUGUCGGGAACGAUGUUGAUUCUUAUUACAGUGUUAGACGCUAAUGAUAAUGCGCCCGUUUUUACACAGCACACGUACAAAGCAACCGUGACUGAGAAUUCACCUGUCGGGACGAUCGUGGCAACUGUGUCGGCCUCGGAUGCAGAUGGAGGUUUGAACUCUAAAAUAUCAUAUUCAAUAACAAACACCAUGGACAACGUCAGAAAUAUAUUUCAGAUCAAUCAAGACAAUGGCCAGGUUUCAUUAAUUGGAAAUAUAGAUUUCGAAAAGUCAAAAUAUUUCCAAAUUAAUUUACUUGCAAGUGAUGAGGGAGGACUCACAGAUUCUUGCAAGUUGAUUAUUGAUGUACAAGAUGUAAAUGACAACAAGCCUGUGAUUAACAUUAUGUCCAAAUCAAAUGUGAUAUCGGAGGAUGCUGAAAUCAAUACUGCUGUUACAAUGAUCAAUACAGAAGAUUUAGAUUCUGAAGAAAAUGGAAAGGUGAAUUGCUUUAUUAACGAAAAUGUUCCAUUUGUUCUGAAAACCACCAAAAAGUAUUACUACAGUUUAGUGACAGACGGGGACUUGGACCGAGAGCGGUCGGCCGAGUACAACAUCAGCGUGACGUGCUGUGACGAGGGCGUGGCCUCCCUCUCCAGCAGCGUCACUCUCACCUUGCGCAUCUCGGACGUCAACGACAACGCGCCCGUCUUCGAGAGGAGCUCGUACGAGGCCUCCGUUGUGGAAAACAACACGCCGGGUCUCUCCGUCGUCACGCUGAGAGCCAGAGACGCGGACUGGGGCCGGAACGCUCGCGUUUCCUACAUCCUGGAGGACUCCUCCGUGAACGGAGUGCCGGCCUCCUCGUUCGUGUCCGUGAACGCCCAAAGCGGCGUCGUCAGCGCCGUGCGCUCCUUCGACUACGAGCGGAUGAAGCGGCUGGACUUUGCGGUGCGAGCGCAGGACGGAGGCUCCCCUCCUCUCUGCGGCAACGUGAGCGUGGGCAUCCUGAUCCGGGACCAGAACGACAACGCCCCUCAGGUCCUGUACCCGGUCCCGCCGCACGCCGAAACGGUGCCUCGUUCGGCAGACGCGGGCUAUCUGGUGACUAAAGUGGUGGCCGUGGACGUGGACUCCGGACAGAACGCCUGGCUCUCCUAUAAAGUGCAGCACAAAUUUGCCACAGACAGGGGGGCGCUGUUUGAAGUGGGCCUCCACAAUGGAGAAAUGCGAACUGUCCGCCGAGUGACCGAUAAAGACGCCGUCAAACAAAGACUGACCGUCGUCGUGGAGGACAACGGGCGGCCCUCUCGUUCGGCCACGGUGGCGGUGAACGUGGCGCUGGCGGACGGCUUCCCCGAAGUGCCGAGGUCGGAGUUCGCCGACGACUUUAGCGAGGACGACGACGACCGGCUGACUUUUUACUUAGUCUCGGCUCUGGUUGCGGUCUCCUUCCUCUUCGUCGCCUGCUCGCUGCUUAUCGUAUCGCUCAAGGUGUACAGGUGGAGACGGUCUCGCGUCCCGUACCGCUCCGACCUCCCCGUCAUUCCGUACUAUCCGCCGCGCUACUGCGACACGUUGGGGACGGCGGGGACGCUCCCGCACGUCUACAGUUACGAGGCGUGCGCCGCCGCCAAGAGUCACGUGACGAACACGCAAGCCGUGAGUCAAAGUUUAGUGAGCGUGGACGGAGCGGACGCCGACGUGCCGCGCGGCGGCGAGCAGACGUCGGGGAACUGCUCUCGGAUGUCGACUCUGGUGAGUCAAAUCAGUACAUUUGUUUCAAUCUAUGUUUGUUUUCAGAAUUUAUAUCAUGGAGAAGCCUUGUUCUUGUAUUGAUACAUAUUUUAAAGUCAUUACAUUUCAUUUACAGUCGUGUUCAGAACCUGAAAGCUAGGCUUGAGUAAAAGUACACAGAAAUAGGGCAUCUUCUCGUUGGAAAUGGGAGAAGAGAUUUGGUGGUGGAAGCUCAAAAUAAAGGAAAUCCUCAAGGAAAGAGGUUAGCUGAGAAGAAGUGGAACACUGAGAGGAGGAGAACGGAAUACAUUGAGAUGCGAUGGAGGGCAAAGGUCGAGGUGGCAAAGGCCAAACGAGACAUAUGAUGACAUUUAUGCCAGGUUGGACACGAAAGGAGGAGAAAAAGAUCUAUAUAGGUUGGCCAGACUGAGGGAGAGAUGGGAAGGAUGUGCAGCAGGUUAGGGUGAUUAAGGACAGAGAUGGAAAUGUGUUGACUGGUGCCAGCAGUGUGCUACACAGAUGGAAAGAAUACUUUGAGGAGUUGAUGAAUGAGGAAAAUGAGAGAGAAGGGAGAGUAGAAGAGGCAAGUGUGGUGGACAAG